AUGGAGGCGUGGGGAGCUGACUGCGGGGCUGGAGCCUCUGUGUCUCUCCAAAACGUGGCAGAGGCCUUCCAGGCGUACCUGAGCAUGAGCCUAAAUGAACGCCAGCUACUAGGGUGUAUGUACGCAUCAGCCCCAGGUCGCCGCCACUUCCUCCGACAAGUAGCUGCUGCAAAAUCCAGACAGCUAUGUGCCAAGUCUGUCGCCUCGCAGCUCAGUUCUUUUACCGCAAUAUUACACAAGACGCUGGGGUACACAGAGGAGAAGAGCCCCCUUGGGCCCCAGAACAGCUGCCCGCAGGACGGCACUCAGCCUCGGAGGACCCAUGAGGAAGUGGCUCAUGCGUGGGUCUGCGCUGUAGAGUUCUGGCUGCAGCACGUGCAGCAGCUGCUUGCUUUUGACGCAGCAGCAGCAGCACUAAAUGCAGCAGAUGAAGGCCCCCCAGACAUUACAGUUGUGUGUAGGGAGAUGGAACAGCUUUCCAGCCCGCUCGCUGCUGUGGCAGCAGACUCAAAGCUGCCGCUGCAUACGAGGAAGGCUUCCGGCGAGGUGCUCUUGCUGAUGGCGGUCAUGGCACUCAGUGUCUCCCAUGGGAUGUUUCCAGGGGACACGCUAGAGCCCACGAAGGCGCAAAAUCAAGACAAUUCAACUAAGAGAAGGCAGAUACUGCGGCGAGUCCUGCGGAAGGCUCUUCAGGGCAUCUUGAACGCUCCAGGAGACGGCACUGAUGGGGCCUCAACUGUCAUGAGGGAGGAGGCUGUUGCUGCCGCGCAUGCGGUGCUGCACUGGCGUGGGGUUUCUCGGGGUUCCCUAAGGGCAUCUGUGGGUCCUCUUGCAUCGUCUCUGCUGGAAGUGGCUCAAAAGGGGGCCCUUAUGAAAUCCGACGUCACCGCUGCUAUGGGUCGUUCACUGUUGUGUCGUCUCACCUGGCUGUGGCGUCCCUCUUCAAGACGCGCAGCUCAGGGGGAUCCCGUGCAGCAAAAGCGGGAGCAGCAAACCCCAUUCGGUGUUCCAUGUCUGUUCUCAGAGGCCCUCAACAGUGCGCAACAAAGUGUCGUUGGCCUCUUGGGUGCCCACAACUCAGGUGACCACCGUGAGGAGGCCUCCAGAGGUCCUGAACGCUUCCUCCUACUCAGAUCUCUUCAGAUCAUCCGAGACUUGUUACUGUAUGGUGCUGGCCAAACCUUCCCAUCACAGGGUGCGGUCUCCGCCGCCUUGCUUCAAGUUGAAGAAGAAGGAGGUCGAUUUUUUAUCGUUAACGUUCAUAGUUUGGGGGCAACGCUUCUUGCUGCCACGGCUAGGUGCUGCGAGGCAUUUGUGUCUGGAGUCACUGCGGCAGCCGCAGCUGUGGGGGACUUUUCAGCACCGCAGGAGCAGGAGCAAGAGCAGCAGCAGGACUCUGCAUUGCCCCCGACGCCGAAGGAGCAACCGCAGCACGAGCCGCUUCUCCUUCGAAGAGGCGGUAAGGGUAGCCAUAAAAAGUGGAGGAAGCAGCUGCAGCAAAUGGAGCAGUACCAGCAACAACGCCAGCAGCAACAGAAUGACCGGAACUCUCAGUCGGCUUCAGUACUGCAAAGCAGCAGCAGCGCAGAGAGGGAAGGUGCCCGUGGGUCCACUAGCAGUGAUAGCGGUGGCAACAGCAAGAAGGGUGUCCCGAGUGGCACCAGCAGAAAGCCAGAGAAGCGCGGGAAAUGUAGUAGCAAGGCAGAAGCAGCAGCAGCAACAGCAAGCAUUGUGUUAAACCAGCUCGAUGACCUACCUGAGACGGAGCUCUUUGCUACGAACGCCGCAACCCUACAGGCAGCGCUGAACGCGGCAGGAGCCCUCGUGGAAGUGGCAGGCCCCGGGGGUGUUCUGCCGUGUCUGUCGGUUUUCACUGGAUUGUUGCAGACUGUCCUCAACCUGCCGUCUCCCCUUCAUCACAGCAUCUUCGCUGCUCGCUUUGGCUCCUGCCUUCUCUCCUUCAUUCGCUGUCUCCUGCGGGGGACCCCUGCUGCAUCACCUGCAGUUUAUCGUCUCUGCUCCCUCCACGCAGUGGCAGUUUGUCGGAACCUGCUAUCAGACACACACUGGAGGCAUGGAUGUCACGUGGCUAGGCAGCUAGCCAUUGCGGAGGACGGGGAGCCUCUUGCCUUCAUGCAUGAGAAGGGUCUUAUGACCAAACCAUACAGAAACAAACAGGCAAAUGGCAAGAGCUGUAGUGGGAGCCUUGGUUCUACGACGGCCGAAGAAGUCCUUUGGGGUCUACACGCUACGGGAAGCGAGGGGCUUUUGCUGCUAGCACAUGCAUGGCGGAGUACCUGCGGGCUUAUUGAAGAGUUGCUUUAUGCAGGGAGCCUCUCUGUCUUGGGGCUGUCCACGGUGCAGCUUGAGGCCUUUGCGGAUGCUCUUGUCUUAGGAGUCCUCACGACUGCGGAGGCCUCUCCUGUGGACCUGGGAAAGGAGAACCACAUCACUUUGCACGUUUCGUUGUCUCGGACCCGUGUUCACUUAUUUCGGCUCUCCGUCUGCUUACUGCCUCCAUCAGAGAUGGUCGUGCGGUGUUUCUUCGUUGCUGCAGACGUAUGUUUCCCUCCCCCCUCCACUCUGCGGGCCGUGAGCUCUCUGCUUCAGAGGUUGCAGGCGAUUUGCUGCAGCGGACCCUUGGGCGCAGCACAGCCACUGGGAUUUAUGCAGUUGCAGGAUAACGAUGGUACCAGCCGAAGUAUGGAUGCGCUUCAACAGCAAUCAACACCUGCUUUGGGGACAGUCUCCCCAGGGGCUGUCGAGACGGCCCUGACGAAUCUUGACUUUGCCAUACGAAAUGCAGCAUGCGGAUGUGGUGCAGAAGGCGCGGAAGCACUGGGACAAGCUUCUGUGGAGGGCGGGGAAGGAGUGGCUUCGCGGUUUCUGCUUCGACCAGAACAGCUGCGUACACACCAUAAUACCGUUACGGGGUCUAGCAGAGCGAAAGCAGCCGUGUAUGCUGCGUGCGAGUUGAAUUUUUUGAGCUUAGCGUCACAAACGAGCUACCAGGACGGCGCGUGCCCCCGCCACAAACCAAAACCCAGUUGCAAUUCCCAGCCCCAAGAGGGCAGCUGCAGCUCCAAACCCGCGAGGAUACAGACUGUGAAGGCUCCAGCGUCGUCUCCCCUCCUUGAGGGGGGCAGCAGAGGAACUGACAGUGAAAACCGCCAAUCGUUGGAGGCUCGGUGUGCCACUCCCAGCAAAGCCGAAGCGCAUGCAUUCCUGUCCGCCACUGGAGCAGAACCGAGACCUCAUGCGGGGCAGACAACAAAUUCGACCAGAAAUGUACGCCCCCCCGCUCAAACGCAACUGUUUACCGCCUCUGGAUCGAAGGUACGUGAUGGUACAGAUCCAGGCACAGUAGCGUCAACUGCGGCUGCUGCUACUGCAGCAGCUGCUGCAGAGGGAGCACUAGAAAAAAUCAGGCAACAUGCGAAAAGGCAGAGAUGCGAAGUCGCAUCAGCUUCUAGCCAAAGUGGGACCCCUUCCUCAGGAUGGGAGAAUGCAGAGGAAGGUCACAAGUCUGACGACGAGGUGGUGAUACUUGAAGGCGCUGCCGCUCCCUCUGUCUCUCGGCGUUCCAAGAAAGCAGUGCCAAGUGCUGGAUCUGUACUGGCGGAAGGUGGAGCCGUGAGUGCCAGUGGGCAUCUUCUUUUCUCUCCGCAGCAGUGCCCUCCCCCGCCACGCCAGCAACAGCAGUCGCGAGCACAGCAGCAGCAGCUGCAUCAAACGAAGGAGGUGGCAGUUGAAGACAGAUCCUUAGAACUUGCUGCCGAAGCACAGGCGAGAGGGCGCAUACGCCAGUUGUUGCAUUCGGACUUCGAGCUCUCGGACUGA